ACUCUGAUAACAAUUCAUUGUCAUUUUGAGGAAAAGAUUAUAAGUACUUGACACCCGACUUACCUACAUCCAUUCAUUACGAUGGCGUUCGCCCAGUUAGUUUCUGCUUUAAUUUUGAGUUCGCUUUUGUUAACAGUAACACCAACCGAAGUUCCAGAAUCGGUCACAAAUGAAAUCAAGGAAUUAUUCAAAACUGGACAGGCUCCCGAAAAUCUUGCCAAAGAUUUGGAAAAUUUCCGAAUGCCUCGCUUGUUCCGCGAAGGCAUGGAAAAUACCUACGAACACCCUGUGAUUUGCUUCUUUUGCAAUUUGUUGGUCGAUUUGGCUAUCGGUGAGCGCCGGUUGGGGGCAAGUCGUGAAGUUCUAGCCAAAGAAAUUGAGUUUAUUUGUGUCCAUCUGGGUAUUGAGAGCGAGCGCGUUUGCACGGGAGUAAUUGACCUGAACAUAGACGUUUUUCUUUAUAUCGUUGACAAUUACCCAAAUCUUGACUCGCAUCGAGUUUGUGGGUCCGUUCUUCAGUCUUUGGGUUGCUCACCUGGGGAUAAUUUUGAAUGGUCAAUUGAACUCCCUAGUGGUAGUUCGCCAGUUAGACCUAAACACAACGAUACGCUGGAUAGUUUCAAAAUUUUGCAAUUGUCUGAUAUUCACUAUGACCCGAAUUAUAAACCGUAUGGAAAUGCUGAUUGUGGUGAACCUAUCUGUUGUCAAACUGACCAAGGGGAGCCUAGUUCACCCGAAAAUACAUGCGGGUAUUGGACGGAUUACCGAGAGGCUGAUGUGCCAUGGCAUUUGAUCGAAGAAACAGUCAGGCAGGCUAAAACUCAGGAGUUCGAGUACGUUUACUACACCGGUGAUAUCAUCAGUCACCGGGUUUGGGAAACCAGCAUUCGGAAUAACUCGCAAUCAAUCUCCGAUCUUUUCACCUACUUUAAACAAAGUUUCGACGUCCCAGUUUUCCCAGUUUUUGGAAACCACGAACCACAUCCGCUUGACCUCUGGCCCACUGAAAGCGUCAAAGACGAGAAAUUCUCAGUCCAGUGGCUCUUUGAGCUAGUUUCAGGCCCUUGGUCUGAACUCGUAGGCCAAGAUAUAAGCGAAACUGUUCUAAAAGGGGGUUACUAUACAGUUAGUCCAAAACCCGGAUUUCGAAUUAUCGCAAUUAAUGGCAAUCUUUGUUAUACCUACAACUGGUGGCUCAUUUUCAACGAUGUCGACCCUUACGGACAGUUGCAAUGGCUGACUGAAACGCUUCUUGAAGCCGAGAAAAACAACGAAAGCGUCCACAUUUUAUCGCACGUUCCGUCAGGAACGUCUGAAAGUUUAUCAGUCUGGGGGCGCGAAUAUUCCAGAAUUAUUGAAAGAUUCGCAAAUACCAUCACUGGCCAGUUCAAUGGACACACACACAGGGACCAGUUUCACGUUUAUUAUAACAGUUCAAACCCAACACAACCAAUAGGCACUGCUUUUAACGGGGCUUCGGUAACACCUUACACCGCCUCCAACCCCAGUUAUAAAAUUUACGACGUUGAUUCGACCACUUUUGAUUUGCUCGACUAUGAAGAAUGGACGUUUAAUCUCACGUUAGCCAACUCUAAAAGUUCGAAUGAGUCUCCCGAUUGGUACAAAUUGUAUUCUUUUACUGAAGCUUUCGGAGUUGAUAAUUUAUCGCCAGUUGAGGUUGAUAAAGUUUUGUAUAAAAUGGCAGAGAAUCACUCAUUACUUGACGAUUACUUUUUGUUCAAAUUUCGAAAUGGUGAUGCUGGAAUUAAGGAUGGCUGUGAUGACAAGUGCAAGAAAGAUAAUCUGUGUGAGAUUGCAACAACUGUGUAUGGAGUGGACGUCCACUGUAAUCGUUUCACUGAUCUGUAUGACAAAGGACAAUAAUGUUUAAUUUAUUUGAUGAACUUGGUACCUGAAUAAAAUGCUUGAACCAUU